UGUGGCUUUAGUGUCCACGAGUGUGAAGAUCAGGGAAGAUCAAACCAGCGACUGUUGGUUGACCUCUGAGCGUCGCCCGCUUCCCCUCAAGGAUACUGCUUGUACACUCGGGACACCACUAUCACAGUACUCCUGCCGCACUCUGACAACCUUGCCAAGUCCACAAUGUCACAAUUCUGUACAAUGCCAGCUGGAGAGAAGAAGAAGCAUGCAGCAGCUAUUUGUCGAGAAGUCCACGGUACCAAUGGGGACGUGAUGGAUCUGGGAAAGAAGCACAGCACUCCUAAAGACAUAAUGCUGGAGGAGUUGUCGCUGCUCUCCAACAGAGGCUCUCGCCUUUUCAAGAUGCGCCAGAGACGAUCAGAAAAGUACACAUUUGAGAGCAUACAAAAUGAGGCCAACACGCUGCUUGAUAAUGAUAUUCUAACUGAGAAUGCACACAUGAUUGAAAUUAAAGUGGAGGCACCAACCAAUGGAAAUACUCCUAAUCCAGAUGAGACACUUCAAGAUACAAAUGCAGAGCCGUUAAAUGCCUCCACUAUGCCCAAAUCCUACCACUCGCCAUGGGAGGAGGCAAUCCGCGAUGACCCAGGCCUUGCUGACACUUUCAAAAUGAGAAUGCCCGCCAUGGACCCUCGACCUGAACUUCCUGAGUACAAAUGCUUUAACCGAGUUGCGACCCCUUAUGGCGGCUUCGACAAAGUCCCCCGAGGAAUCACAUUCAAACUUCCGGAGUUGGACCUCAAUCCACCCAAAUACCCAGAGCUCCAGGAGCUGGGAAUUAAGCGGCCGACCUUCAACAGAACAGCUCAGGGAUGGAUACCCGAUGGCACCCACUUGAUCCUGCCCCAAAUCACCCUAGAGUCCAUUCAAGUGCCUGAGUCAGAUGAUCUGUAAUUAAUCACAAAGCUGCCACAUUUAGGUUCUCCCAUGCCAUGGACAACAAAAUGUUUUACUCAGCUACCUGUCACAUUAAUGGUGUGUCUGUUGUACACUGAGAUUAACUUCAUGUAAAUAGACAAUUGAAUGUGCUGCAAAUGUUCCAAUAAGACUUUCCGGUGGAUCUGAACAUAUGAUGUAAAUAAAGAAUACAGCUUA